CCAUAAGCAAGUUUACUUUAUGGUCAAGGAGAACGGAAAAGAGCACUUUCUGGAGGAGGAAACUCGCGCAACCUACCCCAAGAAGAGCAAGUGUCAAUGGUGUGAUGGCUCUACGUACAGGGCACGUUUGCGAACUCCCCUGCACGCAAAGAAUUUCUCCGAUACAUUUUAUAUCGGAGAUCCUGCUCCCUGUAAGAAUGCAGGUCUUUGA